AUGCUUACUUUGAGUCUAAAUGGAAGAACAUUUCAAGGGCUCUUAGACUCAGGUGCUGACGCCACUGUCAUCUCUGACAGGUUUUGGCUGGCUGCCUGGCUGCUGACCAAUUCAGCCACCCACUUACAGGGGAUUGGACAUUCCAAAAACCCUCAAGUCAGUGCUCAGACCCAUAAGUGUAUAGAUCAAGAAGGAAAUUCAGGCACCGUAGUCUACUACGUGAUCACUGAUUUACCAGUCAAUCUCUGGGGGAGAGAUAUUCUCUCCCAAAUGAAUAUUUUCAUGUGCAGCCCUAAUGACGUGAUGACAAGACAAAUGUUGGCUCAGGGAUUCCUGCCAGGCCAAGGAUUAGGAAAACAGGCACAAGUCAUAAAAGAACCUCUGGUUGUGACACAGAGACCUGACUGGCAAGGCUUGGGAUCCCAGCCUCAGCUUUUUCCUUAA